UUUUUUUCCCAGUUUAUCCUCAUCUCUAUUUAUCUCGCUCGCUCUCGCUCCUGUUAUUACUUUGGGUUGAUUAUUUUCUCCCAACUCUCUAAUUUCUCUCGCUCUUUGCUCAGAGUAGCAGGAGUCCAUACUUCAAUUAUCCUGGUUUUCUUUAUGCUCUUCCGGACUUUUAAGCACAGAAAUUUGAACACCAAGCCUGUUAAAAGCGAGAGCUAAAUCGUUAUUUGGAUACCCAAAUCAGCAGCAUCGCUUGCAGGUUGAUUUCCAGUUCAUUCCAACUUCCAUUUCUUUCCAGAUUAGAAGAACAUUUGAUCUUCAACUUUCUAUCGUUCAAGGUUUUCAAUCUCCACCAUCGCUUCCACCGAACGAAAUGAUUGUCUUGCCAUUCUACAACUCUAUUCUCCCCUCGCUUCGUCUUCCCGUCACAACAAUUGACGCUAAAAUUUCCCGCCCAACCAACCAUUUCUUCUCUCCAUCUUCGAUCUCUAGACCCCUUCCUCGGAGUUUUCUAACCACAGCUACCCGCGACCAAAAAUCGGAAAUCCAGAAUUUCCCCUCCACUGAAAUCGAGGCGGUGGAUGAAGAACGCGAAGAUUACGACGAUGGAGACGACAGAUUUUGGAGUGAGAGUGGAUUUAGAGGAAGAGAAGGGGAAAAAGACUACGAUCGAGACCCUGAAUUCGCUGAAAUUAUCGGAGCUAGUCUUGAUGAUCCAGAGAAAGCUCGGUCCAAAAUGGAAGAGAGGCUGAGGAAGAAAAGAAACAAGAUUUUGCAGCCAAAGACGGGAUCAGGCGUUCCAAUAAAAGUUACAUUCAAUAAAUUUGAUUUCUCAAACUCGUAUAUAUGGUUUGAAUUCUACAACACUCCAUUGGCAAAAGAUAUCACCUUAAUUUGUGAUACCAUAAGGUCAUGGCACGUCAUUGGACGCCUUGGUGGAUGCAAUUCAAUGAAUAUGCAGCUCUCUCAAUCUCCUUUGGAUAAACGACCAAGUUAUGAUGCUAUUCAGGGAGCUAAUGUUACCCCAACCACAUUUUAUAACAUUGGGGAUUUUGAGGUUCAGGACAACUUGGCUCGUAUAUGGGUUGAUAUUGGGACCAGCGAGCCGUUGCUUCUAGAUAUUUUGAUAAAUGCACUAACCCAGAUAAGCUCCGACUAUGUUGGAAUCAAACAAUUGGUAUUUGGUGGAUCUGAGUUUGAAAAUUGGAAAGAGGAUUUGACAUCAGAAGAUGCUGGUUACAGCACUCACAAAAUAUAGUGAACUUCCUUACUAUCUUAUGAAUGCUUCCGUUGAUGAAGAGGAAAUGUGGGGAGAUAUUAUGAUGAAUAAACUGAGAUUGUAUGGGAAUUUCCUCUGUUUGUCAAGGAUAGGAAUGAAUCACAUCAUUGUUAGCUAGUCUCUAGGAAAGUAGUAAGAAGCUUUUUGCAAUUUUGUAGUAAUGAAGGAGAGAAAUUAACCCAAAAUUUGUAUAUUAUGCCUUAUAGUAUGGUUGAUAGUAUUCCAAUGUUGGCUCACUAUUUGUUCCCCAAUUCAUGCACGAUGAUUUGGAAACAAGAAUUAUAUUUCAAUAGUGAUUUCUAGAAUUUGAGUUA